ACUUCCUCUUCAAAUACAAUUUACAGCCACACACAGCGAUUAAAAAGUCACUGUUAGUGUUAGAGUUUCCCAGCAGAGCUCACACAAAUGGAUAACAAUGCUCAAGGGGGUAAAGCUUAUGGCUUUCUUAAGUCUCAGCAGGAGGAAAAACUUAACUCUAUAAAUGAGGCUUUUCUCUCGGAUUCAAAGUUUGCAGAUGAGGAAGAUCUGGCAACAAAACUUGACAUGUUUAAACAGAAAUACAUGGAGUUUGACCUAAACGACAAAGGAGAUAUAGAUAUGAUGGGAUUAAAACGUAUGCUGGAAAAACUGGGACUGGCCAAAACGCACUUGGAGCUGAAAAAGAUGAUGUCGGAGGUGGCUGGAGGUCCAUCAAAGGACACGAUCAGCUACCAUGACUUCCUGAAUAUGAUGCUGGGGAAACGAAAUGCAAUUCUGAAGCUGAUCCUAAUGUUUGAAGGAAUGGGGAAGGAGCAGGAGCAGAAGGAUGCUGGUCCACCUUCACGCAAAACCUUUGCAGACCUUCCCUGAAGUCUCUGUCGCAUCUGGAAAGGACGGUUUUUUUUGUUUGUUUGCUGUUUCUGUCAUAUUUAAAAAUCCUUCCGGCGCAGUAGGCUUAAAACAAUACAAUAUGUCACUAAAAAUUCAUAAACACUUUUAAAAGGGGUGUUAUUGCAUUAUUUUAAUACUAAAAGGAAAAUCACAACGUAGAAUUUGCUUAGUUGUAGAAAGUUAUUAUAGAUAUUAUAAUUAUAAUAUUAUAAUUGAUGUCCAAGUGGCUUAAAACGUUCAUUGCAAGAAAAAUGCUUUAUGUGAGCAAAAAUUCUUGAUCACAAUGUCAUUUUGAUUUUUUGUUAAAUCCUGUGUGUUGGAAUUGUAAUUUUAUUAAAAUAAAGAGAGAAAAAGUCA